GACAGUAGACCCAAGACAAAAGUUGCGCCAAAUUACUAAAUCGGUUGAUUGUCUAGAAGCUAUUUCUUUCAAUUAAAACAUAAAUGUAUGAAAUAACAAAGGAAAAUUAACGAUGUCAAAACGUAAUUCAAAUCCUGGUGCGAAUACACUCUUCAAUUAUUUUACUAAAACUCCGCCUUGCAAUAAAAAACUAAAACCAAGUGAGGAUUCUGAAACCGAUAAUGUUUUAAAUUCCCCCGUGAGCAGUAAAAAAGGGAAUAAAACUGAAAGCAAGAAGCGAGAAAGACAAGCGACACCUUCACCAGACCCGAGAAAGAGUGAUAGUGAAGACGACGUUCCAGUUGUUGUUAAAAAGAGGAAAAGAAUUAGACUUAAUCCAGUUGACUCCGAUGACUCUGAUAUUGAAAACAAAGUAGAUAAUAAGAUUGGUUCACCAGAGGAUAAAGUUUCUUUAUCCACCAGGAAGUUGCAGGAUAAUUUCACUUUUGGAUCUCCUAAGAGUGCAUCACCUAAAGUCACCAAGACUAAAAAAAUUCCAAAUGAAGCUCAGCCCACCAUCAAAGAAGAACCAACGUCCCAAUACACAGAGGAUGGUAACUGGGUUCAUUGUAAACUGGAUUGGCUGAAACCGGAGAAAAUCAGAGAUGCUACGAAAAGGAAACCAGAUCAUCCCGACUAUGAUCCCAGCACUUUAUAUGUUCCGCCGGACUUUAUGAAGAGUCAGACACCAGCUCACAGGCAAUGGUGGGAAAUGAAGUCUAAGUACUAUGACUGCGUAUUGUUCUUCAAAGUUGGAAAAUUCUAUGAGCUGUAUCACAUGGACGCCGCUGUUGGGGUCAAUGAGCUCGGAUUCUCUUAUAUGAAGGGGGACUUCGCUCAUUCUGGUUUUCCUGAGAGUGCUUACUCUCGUAUGGCAUCCACAUUGAUAUCUAAAGGAUAUAAAGUAGCGAGAAUCGAACAAACUGAAACACCGGAGAUGAUGCAGGAGAGGUGUAAAAGAAAUGGCACGAACAGUAAAUUUGAUAAGGUGGUGAGUAGGGAGGUAUGUCAGAUUGGUGUACGAGGAGUGCAAACGGGAGGUUUGGCUGAACCGUUACCGAGCUCGGCGAGAGCUGAAUACUUGUUUGGUAUUGCUGAAGAGGAAUACAAUGGCGUCAGCAAGUACGGCGUUUGUUUUGUAGAUACGACGACAGGACAGGUCUACAUCGGUCAGUUUGAGGAUGACAAACAUUCAUCUCGUCUCCUCACCACCGUUGCACAUUAUCCGCCAGCUUUAAUUGUAUUCGAUCGUAAAACAACAAGUGCUCGUACAAGUAGACUGCUGUCAACGCAUUGUCACAGCGCGAGACGUGAACCCACUACACUGUGGGCUCCCGAAAAGACUUUGAAGAUUCUAGCUGAGAAAUAUUAUAAAACUGACGGCGAUGGAAAAUGGCCUACCGGGAUUACGCCCUUCCUACACGAGGGUGAUGUCUUGGGUCUCACACCAGCAGCCAACUGUUCUUUGGCCGUUCAAGCUUUAGGAGGUUGUGUGUUGUAUUUAACACAAUGCUUGUUGGACAUCCAAGUACUCGGUAUGGCUCAGUACAAUAGAUAUGUACCGCCUGAUAUGCUAAAUAGCACCUUAACGGAAGUCAAUAACGAUCAAAAUGACUGGCAAGGCGGCAGUACUAUGGUGUUAGAUGCGAUCACACUGAAAAAUCUACGUAUAGUCCAAGAUGAGGGCUGCUUGUAUGACAGAUUGAACUUUUGUUCUACAGCUAUGGGGAAAAGGUUAUUACAUCAAUGGCUGUGUUCACCGAGUUGCAAUAUAUCGGUUAUAAAGGAGAGACAAAAAGCUGUGAAAAUGUUGUUUGAAAAUCAAGAACUUUGUCAAGAUGUUAAAGCGAUAUUGACCAGCCUACCUGACCUGGAAAGACUGUUGGCCAAGAUACACAUCCUUGGUAAUUCAACGAGAGCAAAAUGUCAUCCGGACUCCAGAGCUAUAUUUUAUGAAGAAAAAACUUAUUCGAAGAGAAAAGUAUUGGAUUUCAUACUAUUGUUGAACGGGUUCACGUCUAUAUUGAAGCUGGUUGACUUAUUCUCCGAUGUGGAUGCAGAGUUACUGAAGAAAUUAACCCAAUUUGCUCCGGAAGGCAGAUUUCCUGAUUAUAGAGAUACUUUGAAAUUUUUCAAGGAGGGUUUCAACCAACAAGAGGCGGAGAAAGAAGGUCGUAUACUACCUGGUAGCGGUGUUGACGCAGACUACGACAACACUAUACAACUCAUACAGAACAUACAGGAUGAAUUGAAAGAAUACUUGAGUGAGCAGGAGAGAUACUUCAAAUGUCGGUUAACGUAUGUUGGAAGUGAUAAGAAACGUUAUCAAAUAGAAGUGCCACAGAGCGCAGCGGGGAAGGCAAAUUCAGAUUAUCAUCUAGAAGGUGCUAGGAAAGGAUUCAAGAGAUAUUCAACAGUUGAAACAAAGGAUCUGCUGGCGCGAAUGAUAGCCGCCGAGGAAAAGAAAAGUAACGUACUGAAAGAUCUUAGCAGACGGAUGUUCGAGAAAUUCUCAUCGCAUCAGCACCAGUGGGAAAUGGCCACCAAAUGUGUCGCCACUAUCGAUAUAUUGUUAGCAUUCACAGAGUUCGCUAGGCAACAGACUGGGGAUAUCUGUCUACCGGAAAUCACGUACAAUAAGGACCAAGAGCCCUACAUAGACAUAGUGGAGGGUCGCCACCCGUGUAUUUCUAUACCAGAGUUCAUUCCUAAUGAUACGAGGCUGGGUGUUGACAACCCUCGCCUGCUGCUGCUGACUGGUCCCAACAUGGGCGGCAAGUCUACACUCAUGAGACAAGUCGGACUCCUCACCGUGUUAGCGCAUCUGGGCUGCCACGUACCAGCUUCAGAAUGUCGUCUGAGUGUGUGUGACCGUAUCUUCACCAGACUGGGAGCCUCGGAUGAUAUUCUGUCCGGUCAGUCGACGUUUUUGGUUGAAAUGAAUGAGACAGCGGCCAUAGUGAAGCACGCGACCAAACACUCGCUGGUACUACUGGAUGAAUUAGGUCGCGGUACAUCUACAUACGAUGGUACGUGCAUCGCGUGGUCAGUAUGCUGGUGGCUGGCUGGCCGGUCGUGUCGCACGCUGUUCUCAACACACUAUCACUCGCUAGUCCAUCACCUGGCUGAUCAUCCCGCCGUACUUUUAGGACAUAUGGCGUGCAUGGUAGAGACCGACGAAUCAGCCCCGGAUGGUGACCAUAUACCGGAGGAAACGAUAACCUUUUUGUACAAACUCUCCCCCGGUGCCUGUCCGAAGUCAUACGGCUUCAACGCGGCGCGGCUAGCGGGGAUCCCCCGGGAAAUAACGCAACGCGCACACACGAUAUCACGCAACCUGGAGAGCGAGGCGACGUGUGUACGCGCCUUUAGAGAUGUCAUCAAAACGGACAACGCGGCUGAGUUGAGGAAAAUAUUGUCAGCCCUGACCAUAUAAUGAUUUUUUUAUUUCCACUUUAAAUUGUACCUUAUAGGCGAAACAAAAUGAAACCCACCUCAAUAGCUGUUGAUAUUAAUUAUAAGCAAUAAUAAUAAGAAUGGAUCUUUAUAAACAUUUUGAAAUGCGAUUUCUUGUUGAAAGUGAUUUUAAAUUGUUACCUUUUUUGGUGGCCCUGCUAUUCAAACGCUGCUGGGCAGAAAAUAGUAUUAGGUUUUUGUGUUACCCAACUUGUUAAAAAUUAUUUGAGAUUCACUUCUAUCUUAGAUUCAAAUGUAUGAUUAAACUUCAUUUUAGACACUAAGAAUUUUUGUUAGAAAUCAUAAAAUAUAUACUCGGAGAGUAUCAACAUACCCACCUACUUUUUUUAAAUUACUAUCUUUGUAAUCCUACAAUGUAUUCUCAUUUAAAACUGUGAUUAUGUGAAUCUUAUUAAAGUAAAAAUAUUAAGUUUUUUUUUCUUGAUAAAAGACAAAUAGAUUUUCACUCUUUUAUUUGCUAAAUCACAAAUUCAUAUCCAUAUCGUACAUGCAUUUGCGUUUUUAAUAAAAAAUCUUAUAAAAUGUCAAACUCUAUCAACUAUAUAAGUAAUGCUUAAACAAUAUUAAGUACUUAAACCGCUAACGACUUAAGUAAACAUUAAGAAUAUAUAAAUAAAAAAAAAACAUCAAAAUGUAACCAAUAAUGUUAUGGAAUAUUUGUAACAAUAUUGACUAGUUAUUUUGCUAUAGAAGAAAUCGGUUAACUUACAUAUAUGAUUAAAAAAUAUGCAACGACCGACUUCAGACAGUAUAGAGUUCUUAUAUAAAUAACACUAAUUAUAUAACCUCGCCCAAAAAAGUUGAGAUUUACAGAGAUACGGUAAGUUAAAUAUUUCCUUUAGUAGUGAAUAACUUAUAACGAACUAAUGAUUGAUAUUAAAUAAAUCGCUUUUUAAACAA